AUGAGUGUCUUCACUUUUGUCAAGCUGAUGAUGACCUUGGUUAACUUGCUUAUCUUCCUGAGUGGAAUAACCAUCAUGGCUCUGGGACUGUGGGUGAGCCUGGACAAAAAUACCUUUCUGCGUUUCCUUGGUCUGUUCCCCGAUAAAGCCCUUAAGUUCUUUAACAUUGGUUAUUACUGUAUUGCCACUGGGGGCUGGAUGGUUCUGCUUGGAAUUUUGGGUUUCUCUGGAGCCAAAAAAGAAAGCAAAUGUCUCCUUCUUGGGUUCUUCUCCAUCAUCCUCAUCAUAUUCAUCACUCAAGUGGCAUCUGCCGCCGUAGUUUUGUACUACUCUUCAGUUGUAAGUUCGCACCUCGCCGCUCCUCCCCUUUAUUUUUUUUGGUCUAAUGAGCUGUUUUGUAUCUUCAAGGCUAUGGAGAUCCUUGUAGAGUGGCAGAUCCCCGCAUUAAAGAACAUUUAUGGCACUGAUGUUAUGACCACCAACAUCUGGGACACCGCCAUGACAACGAUGAGUUGCUGUGGUUUCUUUAACUACACUGACUUUGUGGGAUCAAAGUUUGAAGCGCAGAACCAGGGCAACCUGCCGCCCAGCUGCUGCGGUGCCGGCAUCGACCUCUGCAGCUGCGAUGAGGCAGAGCGCAGGCUGGUCAAGGCCAAUUCUGCUUUGCAGGGCUGUUAUGAACAGAUCCUGACGGUGCUCAAACAUAACGGCAACAUCGUGGGAGCCAUUGUAGCAAGCACUGGGGGUCUGGAGAUUGCUGCCAUGGUCGUGUCCAGUUAUCUGUACUGUUACCUGGACAACUGAGUCUGCUGCUUCUUCCUUACUGUAGACACAGUAAUUAAAUGUGUCAUUCAUUGUAUGUCACUUUUUCAUGUGCUACCAAAACACAUAUUUGCUUUCCUUUCCAUUUAAAUAUAUUUUUUGGAUUUACAUAAUCUCUUCUGUUACCAAGUUUCUAAUUUUCCUUUAAUAUCACUAAGGCUUUAUUCUUUAAUAAACUUCAAUAAAGGCUUCA